GGCCCCCAGGGGAUGCCGGGUGGUGUGGGGCAGCCCGGUGCCAUGGGAGAAAAGGGCCCCCAGGGGAUGCCGGGUGGUGUGGGGCAGCCCGGUGCCAUGGGAGAAAAGAAUGAGAGUGGGGGUCAAAUCCUGCUCUACGUGGCCACGGGAAGCGCAGGCAGAGCUUCCAGUGAACGUUUUACUGCCCCUUCCCUGCUCUUACGUGACCCCCCCGCCCCCCCCGUCCCUCCCCAGGGUGUGAAAGGAGACGUGGGGGAGAAGGGGGACGCGGGGCAGUCGGGAGCAGCGGGACCCCCUGGCAAAAAGGGCCCCCCAGGAGAGGAUGGAGCCAAAGGCAACCUGGGUCCCAUCGGGUUCCCUGGUGACCCUGGCCCCCCCGGAGACCCCGGUGUGCCGGGUCUGGAUGGAGCUGCUGGAGAGAAGGGUGACAGUGGGGACCCUGGGCUGCCGGGUCCACCAGGAGCGUCAGGGGAACCGGGUCCCCCGGGCCCCCCCGGCCGGAGGGGACCCCUGGGACCCAUGGGGCGUGAGGGUCGUCAGGGCGAGAAGGGUGCCAAGGGCCAACCUGGCACCGAGGGACCACCUGGGAAGACAGGCCCCGUGGGGGCACAGGGACCACCAGGCCGGCCCGGCUCCGAAGGCCUACGUGGGAUCCCCGGCCCUGCUGGGGAACAAGGUUUGCUGGGGGCUCCGGGACAAGCGGGGCCACCCGGUCCCUUGGGUCCUGUGGGCUUGCCCGGCCUCAAGGGAGACCCCGGCCACAAGGGAGAUAAGGGCCAUGCUGGACUCAUCGGGCUCAUUGGACCCCCAGGAGAGAUGGGUGAGAAAGGAGACCAGGGGCUUCCAGGCAUCCAGGGCCCCCCAGGACCCAAAGGAGACCCUGGUCUGGCUGGACCCACCGGCCCCACUGGGCCCCCUGGCCCCCCCGGGCUCUCGGGCCCCCUGGGCCAGAAGGGCUCCAAAGGCUCACCGGGUGUUCUGGGUCCCCGAGGUGACACAGCCCCCCCUGGCCCCCCAGGACCACCGGGCUCCCCGGCUGAGCUGCUGGAGCCGCUGCCUCCAGCCGGAGCUGGACGAGGAACCGAAGGGCUCGUGGGGGGGCAGGGUCCCCCCCCGGAUUACGAGGGGCUGGAGGAGUUGUACGCCUCGCUCAGCUCCCUGCGCACCGAGGUGGAGCAGCUCAGAAGGCCCCUGGGGACCCCCGAGAGCCCCGCGAGGGUCUGCAAGGAGCUGCAGCUCUGCCACCCCCACCUCCAGGAUGGGGAAUACUGGAUUGAUCCCAACCAGGGCUGCUCCCGAGAUGCUUUUCGGGUUUUCUGCAACUUCACGGCCGGCGGCGAGACCUGUCUGUUCCCCGAGAAAAAAUUCGAGGCUGUCCGACUGGCCGCCUGGACCAGGGAGAAGCCGGGGACGUGGUACAGCACCUUCAAAAGGGGCAAGAAGUUUUCCUACGUGGACGCGGACGGAAACGCCGUCCCCGUCCCCCAACUCACCUUCCUGCGCCUCCUGAGCUCCGGCGCUCGCCAAAACUUCACCUUCCUUUGCCAAAACGCCGCCGCUUGGUACGACGCCCGCGCCGGCACCUUCGCCCGAGCCCUGCGCCUCCGCGGGGCCAACGAGGAAGAGCUGGGACACAACCACCCUGCCACCCCCCUCCGUGCCCUCCACGACGGCUGCCAGGUGAGUCCCGAUCCUGGGAUCCUGGAUCCUACGAUGCCGUCCGUUGGCAUCUUCCAAAGGGCUCGUUAUCCCACUGUGGGGCUCAUCAAUGAGCCAGGGUUGCCGCAGGCUCCCGACGCCAGGUUGGAGCUGGGCUGA